GUCCGAAGAAAUUUAUUCCAGUUCUAGUAAUGUUUUCUAAGGGAGGUAGAAUGCCUUUUGGAGGUGAACCGAAGCGUAAUGUGCCUGAUCCGAAAGACCAUAAAGAUGGUCACUACUCAAUCAUUGGUGCCAGAAUUAUACGCCCAAACUCUGUUUAUCGUGCACUGGUAUCAACGUUUGAUGCCAAAUCGGCGAUUGCAUUCCGUAUAUCGAUCGUGGCAAAAGAGAAAAUUAUCAAAUCCGAAGAGAUCACCCUGAAUGGUAGUGAGUCACGUUUGCUAAGCUUUACGAUCGACAGCAUUCCCGAGGAUGAGUACGAGCUGGUUGCGGAAGGUCUUUCCGGUUUGGUGUUUAAAACAAAAACAGGCUUAGAUUUUGAUAACAAAUUCUGCUCGGUAUUGAUACAGACCGAUAAGUCUGUGUACAAACCGGGCGAUACGGUCCGAUAUCGUGUGUUGGUGUUGGAUCGCUACAUGAAGCCGCUACCGGGAAAUGCUACCAUGAUGGUUUACAUUCGUGACGGCAAGGGCAAUCGAAUCAAACAGUGGAAUAACGCUUCGCUUGGAGAGUGUGGUGUCUUUCAAUCGGAACUCACGCUGUCCACCGAACCGGUGCUUGGUGAGUGGGACAUCAACGUGGAUGUGCUUGGACUGAAAGCAUUUAAAUCGUUCGAUGUGGACGAGUACGUACUGCCGACGUACGAGGUAACGGUAGAGUCCCCCGGUUAUACGUUCCUGGAUGAUGACGUACUCAAGGUAGUGGUAAACUCUAAGUAUACCUACGGAAAACCGGUAGUUGGCGAGUUAACAUUAUCCGUCAAGCUAGGCACGUCAAUGUGCUUCAGUCGUGGGCCAAACGUUACCAACAUCUGUCAGAAGGUGGUACCGAUUGAUGGCAAGACGGUAGUGGAGUUUAAUCUGAAGGAAAUCCUGCUGAACAAAGUAUACAUUCGGGAGCUUGAGAUCGUGGGGGAAGUAUGCGAAACUCUUACUGGUCGCAUCCAGAAAGGGUCCACUAAUGUGACUUUGCACGAUGAUCGCUACAAAGUUCGAAUGAUCGAAGAAUCGCAAUAUUUCCCGGGUCUACCAUACGCUGCUUGGAUACAGGUGACCAAUCUCGAUGGUAGCCCAGUGCAAGAAGGAACGAACGAUGUUGAGAUAUCGCUGCGCAACUACAACACGGAUCUGUUCAAGGAAGUCACAACGCUUGAUGAUAAAGGAAUGGCAAAGCUAAAUGCAAAGUUAGACGAACUGGACUUUGACUAUCUCAGCGUGGCGGUUAAAUAUCGAGGAAAAGAUUAUCACGUCCAAGGUAUCACGAAGCUCCGAUCGGACGAAGAAGCAUUUAUGAGGACACUGCCGUUAGAGAAAAAAACAAUGCCAGGAAAAGAGUUAAAGUUUGAUGUGGCAUGUACGAAACCGUUGCAGUUUGUGGCUUAUACAUUACUAGCGCGAGGAGAGCUAUUGGUAGGAGGCGCUGUAGAAGGUUCAGAUAACAAAACAAUCAGUAUUACUAUACCAUCCACUUACUGCAUGGUGCCACGUGCUAAGCUGUUAGUACACUACAUCUCUACUGCAGGCUACAUUGUUAGCAGCUAUGCGAAAGUCAAAUUUGAAAAGUUGUUUGAAAAUAAGAUUCAUCUUAAUCUCUCCAAGGAGGAGCUAAAGCCAGGAGAACCAUUAGACAUCGACGUACAGACGGAGGAAGGGUCUUUCGUCGGUUUGCUAGCCGUAGAUCAGAGCGUUCUACUGCUAAAGUCUGGCAACGAUAUAAGUAGUGAGCAGAUCGAGCAGGAGCUGGAAAAGUAUGAAUCAGCUCAAAACUGUCACGGAUUUUGGGAUGGCAGCAAUACGUCCGAUUGUCAGGCCGUUGGAGCGGUGUUGCUUUCCAACAGGUUUAUUCCACAAGAAAUGUACCCACAAGGUCGGAUGUUUGCAUGCAGUGCUUCUUUUGGUAUGGCAGGUGGAUUUGGGGCUGCGCCAAUGAUGCUGAGGUCUGCCAAAAUGGCCGUAAUGGAAUCGGACACUUUCGUCGAACCAGCCCAAGAACCGACUGUUCGUGCAAACUUUCCCGAAACAUGGAUUUGGGAGAGUAUUGUCAAUUGCAAAGACGUGCAGAGUAUUCGAAAAAUCGUACCAGACACGAUAACGUCUUGGAUCAUUACUGGAUUUUCACUCAGCAACAGCCAUGGUCUUGGAUUAAUGGACGCUCCCUCGAAAGUAAACGUAUUUAUGCCAUUUUUCCUUUCGAUUGAUCUGCCGUACUCAGUAAAGCUGGGUGAAACCGUACGCAUACCUGUGAUCGUGUUUAACUACAUGGAUGAGGAUCAACAGGCAGAUGUCGUCUUCUUCAACAAUGAUGGUGAAUUUGAAUUUAUAUCUGAUGAAGCUGGUGAUCAUAAAGAAAUAAAUCGUCAGGAAAAGCUGUCAGUAUCGCGUGGAAGUGGCAAAACGCUCACAUUCAUGAUCAAACCAACCAAGGUGGGACAUAUAACGCUGAAGAUUACUGCCAAGUGUGCACUGGCAGGGGAUGGCAUCGAAAGGCAAUUGCUCGUUGAACCGGAAGGUUUACCGCAGUACGUUAACAAGGCACUACUGGUUGAUUUACGCUCAGCGAAAGACACCCGCCAGACCUUUGAAGUAGAGGUACCGGAGGAUGCAGUGCCCGAUUCGACAAAAGUGGAAGUAUCCGUAAUAGGUGACGUGUUGGGAUCGUCGAUAGAAAAUCUGGACUCAUUGAUACGAAUGCCGUUCGGAUGUGGUGAGCAGAAUAUGCUCAACUUUGUCCCAUGUAUCGUUGUGCUGGAUUAUCUGAAGGCUUGCCGGCGACUGACGGUGGAGAUUGAAAGCAAGGCAAAGAAAUGUAUGGAGGUAGGCUACCAGCGCGAGCUGACCUACAAGCAUCAGGACGGAUCGUUCAGUGCGUUUGGUGAGAGUGAUAAGAGCGGUAGCACCUGGCUGACUGCCUUCGUGGCUAAAUCGUUCCAGCAGGCAGCCCAUCACAUCACCAUUGAAGAGGACGUUAUUGAUAAGGCGCUCAGUUGGCUUAGCAAGGUACAGUCAUCUGACGGAGCAUUCGCCGAAGUUGGAUCGAUUUGCCACAAGGAUAUGCAAGGCGGUGCUGGAUCGGGAAUAGCAUUAACCGCGUACACCGUGGUUGCAUUCCUGGAGAAUGCAAAACUUGCGGAGAAAUUUAAAUCGACUGUUGAUAAAGCACUGACGUACAUAAAGGAUCACAUCAGCGAGCUUGAUGAUGUGUAUGCUCAUGCGUUGGCGGCAUACGCUCUACAAAUUGCUAAACAUCCCCUCAAAGAUGAGGUAUUUGCUAGUCUGCAGUCAAAGGCAAAUAAGGAAGGCGAUAUGCAAUGGUGGACUAAAGCUCUCCCGGAAAAAAAUAACAGUGAUUGCUGCUGGUAUCGUCCUUGCUCGGUGAACGUGGAGAUGAGUGCCUACGGUCUGUUGGCAACACUGGAAACAUCCACCGGUUUGGAAGGCUUACCCAUUAUGAAGUGGCUGGUUUCGCAGCGCAACGAUAAGGGUGGCUUUGAAUCGACUCAAGAUACGGUCGUUGGAUUGCAGGCACUUUCUAAGAUAGCCGCCCAAUUAUCCUCCUCCGAAGCGGACGUGUCAAUUAAGGUGAUGUUGCCGAGUGGCCAGGAGAAGCUUCUAUCGGUGAACCGGGAUAAUUUACUGGUGCUGCAAAAGCAUGAACUUGCGGCAAACACCAGAAAGGUAGACAUGUUGGCUACUGGUACGGGUUGCUCGUUGUUCCAGCUGUCGUACAAGUACAACAUCAAGGAUACUGACAACAGUCCUCGAUUUACGCUGACACCGGAAGCUACGAAGGGAUCAAUCAAGAGCUGUAUUGAUUUGUCCGUUUCUACCAGCUUUAUACCGAAGGACGAUCAGGCAGUUUCAAACAUGGCCGUUAUGGAGGUGGAUAUGCCGAGUGGAUUCAUCGUUGAGAGCGAUGCCUUGAAGCAACUAAAGGAGCAUGAAUUGGUUAAAAAAGUGGAAACUAAACGAGGCAAUACGACGGUAGUGCUGUAUUUUGACAAUGUCGGUGCGGACAUCAUAAAGCUAAGCAUGUCCGCGUUCCAGAAGCACGAGGUGGAAAACGCAAAACCGGCAAAUGUGAUCAUAUAUGACUAUUACGACAAUACCCGCUGCGCUCGAUCGUUCUACGAAGUGGCUGUUUAAUUACCCAGAAGCACUAUUUCACAUUAAAAAGCCAGAAUGCGGAUCCCUUUCAAAGGCGUUGCAAACUGUAGUAUAGUUUUAAAAAACAAACGCACAAUAAAAGCACGCAUAUUAUAAAUGCAAA